UUGAAACGUCAAAAGCGCUGCGAUAGUAGUCUGUAUUUUGCAAUUUUCGCGAUGAAAAUAUUAUGUGUUGAAAUAAAAUAAUGGCUACGUUAGACGAACACGAGUUUUUUAAGUCAACAGUGCAGCAUUUGGCCCGUUGUCUAUCGAGUAUUGAUCCUACACCAUGGGAGAAGGUAAACACCCUAUUCAUGCUGUGCCCGCAAGCCAGCUCAACACUGGUGAUCACCCCGCGGAGCCAGGAGGCCUGCAUCGCCCUGGGCCUCUACUUCCUUCAGUCAGGGCUGCAACACCAGGACAAAUUGCUGCCAUACUUCCUCAAGAUAUUGAAGAGCCUCACAAAUGCACAGUUCGAAGAACCUCUGUGUCGCAUCAAAGCAACUGAUCGAAUCCCAAUGUCAGAGAAGUUCAGCUUCUGCCUGAACACGCUGCUAUCGGACAUUGCGUCGAAGCAGACGAACCUUCGCGAGGAGAUCAUCACGGCUCAGAUAGAUGUGAUGUCCAGUCUCACCAAGGCCAUCAUCGCCUGCCACGAGAACAAAGACUACUCCGCACUCUCCAAACUACAACUCUGCAAAAGCACUGUUCCAAUCCUCAUUGGUCUUGCCAGAUCUAUGGGCAGAUAUUCCACCGUCGAUCCACCAUUACUGUGCAGAUUGUUCCCUCAGCCCAGUAGCCCUGUUAAACCCAAAGAACCCGAACCGAACUUCGAGUAUUCGACUUUAGAUAAAAAGAGGAAGUUUAAUCAAUUCCGACCGAUAAUACCAAGGUCUCUGUCAGGAAAUUUGAAUCCAAAUAUCGAACACAUCGUCGAAAAUGGAACGGAUGUUGUCGAUAACGCUAAUGGGACUUUAAAGAGGAGUUCCUUGCAUAGUUAUAUAUCGAUCCCUUACGAUCCUACUACUUACUUCUUUAACAAAUUCGGAUCUAGUUUUAAUCAGUUUCCGUAUAUGAGGUUUUCUGAGUCUCCAGAGAAGAAGAUCAGCGUGCAGUUUUAUGUGACGUAUCUGCAGAGUAUAUUGUCUUUGGCAAAGAAGUUGCUGACUAAGGACUUGUUGGCGUUUUUGGAUGAGGAGGCCGAAGAUAUUUACGCCUCUGGGCAGAUUCAGGUGUUCCCAUACAAGUCUUUCUCAGAGACUUUGAAUCUCGUCAUGGUGACGUUACUACGGGAGUUGCUUCAGCAUCAGAAGGACUUGCCGGGACCUUUUACGAAAGACGUUCAGGAAUUCGUAAAAUGCCUAUUCCUGAGCGGUCAAACCGAGUUGCAGAGCCGACACCACGACGCGGCCGAGCGUGAAGACAGGGAGACUAAUUUCGCAGCAGUCAACAAGUUCAAGGUCAAUGUCAUGGCUAACUCGGCCUGCGUGGACUUGCUGGUCUGGGCUAUUACUGAUGAGACUGUGGAUAAGGAGUAUGACGUGGCAGCGCUAAUAAACGCUCUAACCAUUCUGAUAGGUGCGGAUUCGUUGUGCGGACGUUUAACAGAGAAGAUAAACUCCAACCACAACCAUAAGCUUAUCUUGGCUCACAUGCCGCUACUGAUGGUCUGUCUUGAGGGUUUAGGGAAACUAGCGACGAAGUUCCCGACGAUUGCAAACACAUCGAUCUACUGCCUGCGAGAUUUCCUGGUGACUCCUUCGCCCAUACUGUUCAAACUGCACAAGUUGGAGCUCGAGAAGACAGGACAGGAGCAUAUGAAAGCUACCACCCAAGGUAAAGAGCUCCAAGGUCUAACAGAAGCAGGGGUGCCUACAAAGUCGACGCCGUUCGAGAAGCUUCGCGACGCGGCCAUAGAGAACCUGUGUGUGGCGUUAGAAGCGGCUCUUACGGUGGACCCCUUCUGUGUGCCAGCUCUUGUGGGCUCUGUCAGUAAUCGGUUGUUCACCGCUGAGACUAGCGACAGUGAAUCAUCGCUAAUCAGCACGAAUAUUGUGAUCAUGUUGGGUCACGUGGCGGUAGCUCUGAAGGACACUCCAAAAACAACGGACACCAUUCUGCAAUUCUUCCAACAAAGACUGUGUCGCGCCCCCUCGUCGCUGGACACGCUGAUAGUGGACCAGCUGGGUUGCAUGGCGCUAGCCAGCCCCGAGGGUCCGGCGCACGACGAGAUCAUGCGCAUGUUCACCGUCAUCACCGUCGAGGCGGCCAGCGCAUCUUACCAGCACACUGACGACCGCAAGCAGUACAGGCACGUAUCAGGUGCUGUCCUCAACGCCCUGGCCAACAUCGCGGCCAACGUGCGCGGCACAGGUGCUCGGCUGGAGCUGCUGACGCGCCUGCUAGAGCUGUUCGUGCAGCUCGGGCUGGGCGGCGAGCGAGCUACGGACCGCUCGCCCGCGCCCGUGCUGAAAGCUAGUGGCAGCGCUGGGAAUUUGGGCGUGCUUAUACCUGUUAUUGCGGUUCUAGUCAAAAGAUUGCCACAUAUAAAAAACCCGAAGCCCAGACUGCACAAAUUGUUUAAAGACUUUUGGCUGUAUUGCGUCGUCAUGGGCUUCACAGCUGCUGAAUCAGCGAUGCGAAAGAGGCUAUGGCCACAGGAAUGGUACACGGGAGUGAAAGAGAUAGCAGUAAAGUCUCCGUUCCUUGUGUCGCAAACUUCACUGCGGUCGGAAAUGCGCGAACUUCAGUACACUUCCGCUGUCAGGAACGAUUCUGUAUCUAUCACUGAGCUGCAGGAGUUGAAGACGCAGAUCCUGAACCUAUUAGACCACCCUCCAGAUGUGACGGUACUAGUCAACAAGCUCACGUUCGCGCCGUGCAUGUAUUUGCUUAGCGUCUACUGGCUUGAAACACUGAGAGUGUGCAACUCUCCGGAGCCAAGCUUGCAGCCCAUCAUCGAGUACCUUAGUGAUACGGCGCUACACAAGGAUAAGAGCGGCAUGUGGCAGUGUGUGGCCAGUGUCGGCGACAAAGUAUUCCAGAAGUUUCUGGAUUGUAUGUCUGAGAAAGUGAAGGAUGAGAGCCGCGAGCGCGCGCUGGAAGGUCACGCGCAAUUCCUGCUGGUCAAUUUCAACCACAUACACAAGCAGAUACGACGCGUCGCUGAUAAAUGGUUGGCUGCCUUGGUUGAUAGAUUCCCGCAUCUACUGUGGAACUGUCAGGUCCUCUGGUCCAUGUUAGACAUCCUGCAAGUUCUAAGCUUCAGCUUAGAGCUGGAUGCCAACCAGGAGACGCCGCUUCUCAAGGUGCCCGGCACUGACUUCACACUGCAGCUGCAGGACACACUCGAAGGCAGAGAGUGCAUCGUGAAAGACUUCGCGGAUCGGUGCCAUGGUAUCGUGCAGGAAGCCAUGAAGUGGGCGCCACAGUCUACACGCUCUCAUCUACAGGAGUACCUCAAUCAGGUCCCGAACUCGACGCUGUGGCACCACUGCGGUCUAGCCCUGGCCACAUCAGCGCUACUAGGUGCUGCGGGGCUCAACCGUAGCUCGGCGCCGCUGGCUCGCGCCGCGCUCGACAAGCGGCCGCCCUGCGUCACGCAGGACUCUGCGGCCUUGCUGGCUGUUGUUAGCCAGAGGUCUCGGUAUGCUGGUGAGGUGGCUGGAGCAGUAAGCGCGGAAGGCGGCGGCGAGGCGGCCCUGUGGCGCGUGGGCGCUCGCCUGCAGCAGCAGCUGCAGGAGGCGUGCGACAGUGGCAGCGAGACGGCGCACCGCGCGGCGCUGUGGCGCGCCACGGCGCUGCUGGUGCACGCGCGGCACCACGCCACCGUGCACAACGCGCACAGGGUGCGGGCGCUGCUGCACACCAUCGCAUGGUCGCAAGUAGACGUUUUCACCGAAGACGCGGUGACAACAGCGGUGGAGUGCUGGCAGUGGCUGAGCACGUCGCGGCCCGACCUGGAGCUGCGCCUGCUGCAGGAGAUCUUCGCGGCCUGGCAGUGCAGCGUCGACAGGAAGAUGGGGUUAUUCUCUAAACAGGCUGAGGAGAUCAACCCCCUGGCCGCUUACGAAGGUGCGAAGCUGGAGCCUCGACCACCGUUCGUGGCGCCGCACGCGGUGUGGGUGCGCUAUCUGUGCGAGGUGGCUGACACUGCCAAGUACAACAGUUUGGAGAAGGUCGAGAUGCUAGCUGCUUUACUACACAGGACGUUACCCAUCACAGUGGGCGAUAUGCGAGGAGAACACUUAAACAGGCAUGUUGAAGCCGUCGGAGUGAGAUUUAGACUCCUGUCAUGCGGCCUAUCCCUGCUGCAAGGCGACAUCCUGCCGCGAUCGUUGGCGCGGAACAUCCUCCGCGAGCGAGUGUAUUCGUGCUGCCUGGACUACUUCUGCCGCGGUCUGCAGUGCCCGUCGCGCGCCUCCGGGCAACUGCGAGAGGAUAUCAUCUCUCUCAUCAAGUUCUGGCAGCUGAUGCACUCUGACAAGAAGUAUUUGAAGAGCAGUGAUAUUGGUGAGAUGGAGACGGCGGGUCCAAGCAGCCAGCAGUCAGUAUACACGACCGCGUCAGCUGACAACCGCUCGUCGCUGCACAGUUCGGACAUCGGCAGCCGACACACAACUGGAUGGAUUAAUACUGUGCCGAUGUCCACCACGACGCUGAGCAGCGGCGCCGGCAGCAUCGCGGGCAAGCGCUCCAACCGCAGCGUCAAGCCCGCACCUAAACCACAGGAGACCUUCGUCAAAGACUAUGUCAGGAAGAGGAACCUUAUUCUGGAACUUAUGGCGGUAGAAAUCGAGUUUCUAGUGACGUGGCACAACCCUCACAGCCGGCCCGAGCAAGCCGUCCCAGGCGAAGACAACAUUGCGACAUGGCGCUCCAAGCUCAACACGGAACGCACGUGGCGCGACUAUGCCAAGCUUGCCUGGGCCAUAAGCCCCGCGCUCGCUGUCUUCUUGCCGGAAAGGUUAAAACAAGAGAGCAUAGUGCAAGAGAUCCGCCGCAAGGUGCAAGCGCAGCCGACAGACGUCAGCCACAUCCCGCAGGCGCUGAAAUACCUGGUCACCACCGAGACACUGCUCAACGACGCCCAUGAGCUGGUGCACAUGAUCACGUGGGCGCGCAUCACGCCGGUGGAGGCGCUGUCGUACUUCAGCCGGCAGUACCCGCCGCACCCGCUGUCGGCGCAGGCCGCGGUCACGGCGCUUACUGCCUACCCCUCCUCCGCUGUGCUCAUGUACAUCCCGCAGCUGGUGCAGGCACUCAGGCACGACACGAUGGGCUACGUGUCCGAGCUGAUCAAGUCGUUAGCGAAGCGGUCGCAAGUGGUGGCUCACCAGCUCAUAUGGAACAUGCAUACCAACAUGUACACCGACGAGGAGAUGCACCAUAAGGAUCCUCUUUUCGACAUCCUGGAGAGCCUGACAAAGAGCAUAGUGGACUCGCUGUCGGGGCCAGCGAAGGCGUUCUACGAGCGCGAAUUCGACUUCUUCAGCCAGAUAACCAACAUCAGCGGCAUCAUACGACCCUACCCCAAGGGCGCCGAGAGGAAGCGAGCUUGCUUGGAGGCGUUGAAGAAUAUCAAGGUACAACCUGGGUGCUACCUGCCAUCAAAUCCAGAUUCUAUGGUCGUCGAUAUUGACUACAAAAGCGGAACCCCGAUGCAGAGCGCCGCAAAGGCCCCUUACUUGGCUCGAUUCCGCGUGCGCAAGUACGGUAUCGCUGAGAUGGAGGCAGUCGCCAUGGCCGUGGCUGCUGGGGAGGAACCGCCGGCAGAGGAAGGCAAAGACCGCUUCACGUCGAUAGCAGCGGAGACCUGGCAGGCCGCCAUCUUCAAGGUGGGCGAUGACGUCAGGCAGGACAUGCUGGCGCUGCAGGUCAUCACGCUCUUCAAGAACAUCUUCCAGCAGGUCGGGCUGGACCUGUAUCUGUUCCCGUAUAAGGUGGUCGCUACUGCGCCUGGGUGUGGCGUUAUAGAAUGUGUGCCAAACGCGAAGUCACGUGAUCAGCUGGGUAGACAAACUGACAUUGGCAUGUACGAAUACUUCCUGAAGAAAUACGGCGAUGAAACCACGAGGGAAUUCCAAGCGGCUCGUCGUUGCUUCGUGACGUCAAUGGCAGCGUACAGCGUAGUAGGGUUCCUGCUGCAGAUCAAGGACCGACACAACGGGAACAUCAUGCUCGAUACCGACGGACAUAUCAUACAUAUCGAUUUCGGGUUCAUGUUCGAAUCGUCUCCGGGCGGCAAUUUGGGCUUCGAGCCAGACAUCAAGCUGACGGACGAGAUGGUGAUGGUGAUGGGCGGUAAGAUGGAGGCGCCGCCCUUCCGCUGGUUCUGCGAGCUGUGCGUGCAGGCCUUCCUCGCCGUCAGACCAUAUCAAGAAGCUAUAAUCUCGAUAGUAUCCCUCAUGCUGGACACUGGUCUCCCCUGCUUCCGAGGACAGACCAUCCGCCUGCUCCGGUCACGGUUCGCACCCAACUCCACGGAGAAGGAAGCCGCCGCCUAUAUGCUCUCCAUCAUCAGAAGUUCGUUCCUCAACUUCAGAACCAGGACGUAUGAUAUGAUCCAGUAUUAUCAGAACCAAAUCCCUUACUGAAUCCAAGGUACGUAUAGGAGGAACAUACCAACGGGAUUCGAUCGAAGUCAUGUCAAGCCAGAUUUUGUGCUGAAAAUUAUAAAAUGUGGUCGCUCUCUGUGAGUUUCCCUAGGUCAAAAUCGGCAGUGAUGU